AUCAUCUUUGCUUUCAUGUCCAAAUGCUUAUAAGUAGUCACCAUUUCACCAUUUUCUUCAUCCAAAGCUUAGAAAAGACACUUACUGUAAUAGAAAACAACAACAGUUAUCUUCUUUAACUGCUGUAACUUUCUUGAUGGCUUCAUUUGAUCAAGCCAUGGCCAAGCAGCAAUCUCAUGAUGGAGUUGUUGCAGGAGCGAAGGCUGCUGGAUUAGCCGCGAUCGUCACUGCCAUUCCAACCAUGGCUAUUGGUAGGAUGCCAUGGGGAAGAGCCAAUCUGAACUACACUGCCCAGGCUCUUAUUAUCUCCACUGUUGCCGGAGCAGCGUAUUUUAUAGUUGCCGACAAGACCAUCCUGGCAUCGGCUCGCAGAAACUCGUUCAAGAACAAUGAACCAAGAAACUGAUCAAGGCUAGGUGGUCACAAUUUCGAUAGGAUGUAAAUAUUUCAACAUCUUUCCAAGAAAAUCAAAG